GUGCGCGCUCCCGUAAAAACGCCGAGGUCAGAUCUGACGCAAGCACGCUCUCCGCGCAAGCACCGCCCCUUCGUCCUGGCAGUGUUUGUAUUUACAGCAGAAGUUCUUCUAGCUUUUAUCAAUAAAUCGAGUCCAGAACUAAAGGAGUCGAACUGACGUACCAGCAUGGCCUUUCAGGGGUCUGAGGAGGUGGAAGAGCAGCUGGAGGAGCCGGAAGAGACCCUGAGAGUUUCUCCGGCGGAGGAAAUGCCAGUCGACGGGCCUCCUGCGGCUGAUGAACCUGAGCCGCUACUGCUGCCGUGGGACCGCUUCUCCGCCUGGAUCCACUGCAUCUGCGUGGUCGGCUUUGAUCUGGAGCUCGGGCAGGCCGUAGAGGUGAUUUAUCCUCACCACUCCAAACUCAGUGAAAAAGAGAAAACCAGUAUAUGCUAUCUGUCAUUCCCAGACUCGAAUUCAGGCUGUCUAGGGGACACACAGUUCUGCUUUCGUUUUAGGCAGGCGGUGGGUAGGAAAUCUUCUCUUGGAUGUUUCCUCGACCACUUCGAUCGGGAUGCACCUGUUUGUCUCAAGAGAGAUCAGGGUUAUUACUACGGGUAUGUGUACUUCAGACAGGUGCGGGACAAAGCACUGAAGAGAGGCUACUUUCAGAAGUCUCUGGUGCUCAUCAGCAAGCUGCCCUACGUCACCUUCUUCCACUCUUUACUGAAGCUCAUCGCCCCAGAGUACUUUGAAAAACAGGAGCCGUGUUUAGAGGCUGCUUGCAACGACAUCGACCGAUGGCCCACGCCGAGCCCAGGGAAGAUUCUCACGCUCCCCGUCAUGGGCGUGGUAAUGAAGCUACGGAUCCCCACGUGUUACGACAAGCCUGGAACCUCACAGCUCGUUCAGUCGGCACCGAGCGACAGUCUGGUGUCCAUCGUUCUGCCGACGGUCCAUGAAGUGGAUCUCUUUAGGUGCUUCUAUCCAGUUUUCUUUCAUAUUCAGAUGUUAUGGGAACUGGUGCUGCUCGGGGAAGCUCUGGUUGUCAUGGCACCAUCACCAGCAGAAUCUUCAGACACUGUACUGGCAUUGGUCAGCUGUAUCUCUCCCCUGCGUUACUGCAGUGAUUUUCGGCCAUAUUUUACCAUCCAUGACAGUGAAUUUAAAGAAUACACCACUAGGACUCAGGCACCGCCUUCGGUCAUUUUAGGUGUGACAAACCCAUUUUUUGCCAAAACUCUCCAGCAUUGGCCGCACAUCAUCCGCAUUGGAGACAUGAAGCAAGCAGCAGAGAUGGCCAAACAGAUGAAGGUGAAAAAACUAAAAAACCUGAAGACUUUAGACUCAAAACCUGGUGUGUAUAGUGCAUAUAAACCUUUCCUAAACAAAGAUGAGGACAUUAUCAAACAACUUCAGAAGGGAGUUCAGCAGAAACGUCCCUCCGCGGCCCAGAAUGCAAUUCUGCGGCGAUAUUUCCUGGAGCUUACACAGAGUUUCAUCAUACCACUGGAGCGUUAUGUGGCCAGUCUGAUGCCCUUACAGAAGAGCAUCUCUCCUUGGAAGAGUCCUCCUCAGCUGCGGCCGUUCAAUCAGGAGGAGUUCAUGAAGACGCUGGAAAAAGCUGGACCUCAGCUCACAUCACGCCUCAAAGGCGACUGGAUCGGUCUUUACAGGCAAUUCCUCAGAUCUCCAAACUUUGACGGCUGGUUCAGAAACCGGCGUAAGGAGAUGACACAGAAGCUGGAAGCUCUUCAUCUGGAGGCGCUCUGUGAGGAAGAUCUGCAGCUGAGGAUCCAGAAGCACACUGAAGUUGAGACUGUUGACCUGGUGCUCAAACUGAAGGAGAAACUGACGCAGGCCGAGAGAGAUCGACUUCCAGUCAAACCGGGAACUCUGGCCAAACUGCAGGCUCACAUCGAGACCAUCAUCCUCACACUUCCAGAGGACCUGCAGGGAAUCUUGCAUAAACCUCCGAGCCCCUGACCCUUAACUGACACUGAUAUAUAGGGUUAUAUAGGGUUAACAGACACAAACCCCCUUUACCUUCCACACACGAGUGACAGAAUGUGAUGGAUUUCUGCUGCAUCCUCAUCCAAGUGCACUUGUUGCUGCAGACCUGAUUGCCCUUGAAUGCACAGCGCUGGCAUUGCUGAAAUCGCACGGACAACGGCGCCGGAAACGACGUGAGGCAGAAACGAGACAUGCAAACGCUCUGGAUGUUUUCUGUACUGUAAGUCUCACUGCGUGAGAUCAACAUUCCCUUUAGUUUUUAAACAUGGGGUUGCUUAUAAUGUCCUGAAGAUCAUAAAACAGAUUCAUCGAUCCGAGCUAUAAAUGUGGAAAUGGAAAACUUUAAAUAGCCGUAGGACACAAACAUUGUUUCCACUGUAUAAGAUCCAAUUUUGUAAAUCACAGAAGACCUUUUAAAAACAUUUUACCCAUCGCUCAAAAGAGAAACAUUAUCAAUUAAAUUGUGCAAAGAAAAUGAAGCCUAUGUUAGUAUGCUAAAAAUGCUGGGUUAUAAUUUAACCCAUGCUGGGUUGUUUCAACUCUAGGGUCAAUUGUAAAAAUUUUCUGGGUUAAUUUAACCUAACGGCUGGGUUUGUCCCUUUUUGACCCAAUGCUAGGUUAAAAAUAACCCAGCAUUUUGAAGUGUACACUGCGAAAAAAUCUUAGUAUUUUUGUCUUGUUUUCAGUAA